UGGGGAGCUGAACGGCUGCAGCAGCACCGCGGCCGCGCAGCAGCAGCAGCAGCAGCGGCGGGCGGGCACGGAGGAGAGCUCGGCAGCGGGCCGUUGCUUCGCAGGCGCUGAGUGUGAGCGAUAGCCGGGCUACUUCGUGGGCUUUUACCCCUCCUGGCGGGGCGGCCGCUACCUCUCCGGGCCGGCACCAUGCAGACCUUCCUGAAGGGGAAGCGGGUGGGCUACUGGCUGAGUGAGAAGAAGAUCAGGAAGCUGAAUUUCCAGGCCUUCGCUGAGCUGUGCCGGAAAAGAGGAGUAGAAGUAGUACAGCUUGACCUCACCAAACCCAUUGAAGAUCAGGGCCCUUUGGAUGUGAUCAUACAUAAACUGACAGAUGUCAUCCUUGAAGCAGACCAGAAUGACAGCCAGUCACUGGAACUGGUUCACAGGUUCCAGGAGUAUAUUGAUGCUCACCCAGAAACCAUUAUCCUGGACCCUCUUCCAGCUAUUCGUACACUUCUGGACCGAUCCAAGUCUUAUGAGCUAAUUCGGCAAAUAGAAGCAUACAUGCAAGAUGAAAGGAUCUGUUCCCCACCCUUUAUGGAGCUGACAAGUGCCUGUGGAGAAGAUACCUUGCAGCUUAUAGAGAAGAAUGGACUGGCUUUCCCGUUCAUUUGUAAAACCAGAGUGGCCCAUGGAACCAACUCUCAUGAGAUGGCAAUCAUCUUCAACCAGGAGGGCCUGAAAGCUGUUCGCCCACCUUGUGUCAUUCAGAGCUUCAUCAAUCACAACGCUGUGUUGUACAAAGUCUUUGUGGUUGGAGAAUCUUACACAGUUGUGAAGAGACCGUCUUUAAAGAACUUCUCCGCAGGAAUUUCAGACAGAGAAUCAAUAUUUUUCAACAGCCACAAUGUUUCAAAACCAGAAUCCUCAUCCGUCUUAACAGCACUGGAUAAAAUCGAAGGAGUAUUUGAGAGGCCAAAUGACGACGUCAUCCGGGAAAUCUCUAAGGCUCUGCGGCAAGCUCUGGGAGUUUCCCUUUUUGGCAUUGAUAUCAUCAUUAACAAUCAGACUGGGCAGCAUGCAGUCAUUGAUAUAAAUGCAUUCCCAGGUUACGAGGGCGUUUCUGAGUUUUUCACAGAUCUCCUGAACCACAUAGCUGCUGUCCUACAGGGUCAGGCACCUGAGGUGACCCAGCUAAACCGUAGCAAGCUCCUGGCAGAGCAGACCAGCGGGAUGAUGGACGAGCGGAUAUGCUGCGCUAGCACAGGCUGUCUCGGCGUCCUGGGAAAAGACUCCUCCUGGAUCGUGGAAAGCGAGACCAACAGCUCAGUAAAACUGCAGCACCAGAGACUAGGCUGCAACUCAGCAGUGUCCCCCAGCUUCCAGCAGCACUGCGUCGCUACGUUGGCAACAAAAGCUUCUUCUCAAUAACUUGCCAAUGCCACGGACCGAGAAAAAAAGCCACAGAGUUAGGAAUUGUGGUCCCAGAACCAGAUCAGGCUGUAACAACACAAAUGCAAAAAACCGAAAACAACAAAACAAGAAACAUCACAAAACACAACACACAAAAAAACCAAACCCCCAAAAAAACCCUUAGCGUUUGAUUUAACCUGAUUUUCUGAUGAAAUGGACUGAAAGGAGGAGAGCACAGAAGUGAUUCAGAUCCAUUUUAUCAGAUUCCAGUUGCAAAUCUGUAGUGAGUUUACACACGUGUGGGAUUUAACACUAGUUCUUUCGUUGUGGGAGGGUUGCUCUUUCAUUUCCAUUGUUCUUUGUAAUCACCGGUGACCAGCAUUUUAAAAUCGGACCUCAUGAUAUCAAGAAGAUAAGGAUGAUGAAAUGCAGUCUCUGAAUGUAACAGUGCUAGAGAUUUCUGCCUAAAAUAUUCUCUAUCCCACUCUCCCAGGUAGGCCAUUGCAAAAAAAAAAGCUAAGACAACUUCAGUAUCACUAAACCAAAUCUCUUGCAACAUUGACCAGACGAGAUGUUGACAGGUAGCUCGCUGUGAGGCUGCAGCACUUUGAGCAGGACAGAGGCAGACUUGUUGUUCAGGAUGCUGAACACAGGUGACCACCCUGGUUCCAACUUUCCAUUUCUUUACCUAGGCCUUACUGCUUCAGUCAAAAGCAGCUUCUGACCAUGCCUACCAUCAGUGACACAUUUGAUCCAGACAGGGUGCUGAUAGUUAGGUUGAAUGAUUUAGUAGAUUAAAUAUCAUCCUUUCAAUCAUCUGCUAAAUCCUAGAAGAGCUGAUGGAAGCAGCUCAUCCCAUAGCAGAGAAUUUAAUUUUUUGUCCAUUGCACUUGUGAGGGCUCUGGGACAGUUCUGUGAGAAGGCUGUCAAUCAGAGCCACAGAUUUUCCUUAAGAGUGCAAUUGCUCUGUGCUGCUAUGGAGAUCUUUUACAUUUUGCAGAUUAGGUAGGCUGAGUUGUGUACCUUUGUAUGUGGUAGAAGUACAGGACAGCUCUAGCUUAGAGACCACAUUAUGUUGUGGCAAGCUGCCAGGUGAGGUGUGCAGUAGUUUACAGUAGUUCUUGAUAUGAUUUGUAAACUAUAGCACAGCCAAUUUGUAUCUCUUGAAAUAUGCAGUAAACCUACAGUGUUCACCUUUUGUUGCCUCUUCUAGCAGGGAAGCAUCUUCUGCUGUUGAGAAUUCCUGCAACUUUUGCCAAUUCUGAACACUAAACAGAAAUAACCAAGUCUGUCAGUGCUGAGAGUGGAGACACUAUUUUGGUAGACAGAGUGGCCUUCUCUUUCCCAUAUAAUCUCUAAAGUAUGUUUAAGAGAGUUGGGUUUAAGAAAUUUUCCUUACUUAAACUUGUAGUUCACUGAUAUGGAAAUUUCUGACUUUCUAUAGCAGGUAUUGGUAAAGCAUCCAUCACUGCAGCUUUUAAUACCAGUUUCUUUAGUGUGUUAGAUAGCUACUCAAAGGGAAAAGAUCUAGAGCUUAAAGCCCAGGCAGACCAUGAAGAGAGGAUUAAACUGUGUAAAAGAUGUCAACCUACCUGGUUGUACCAUUCCUGGAGGGGAAGGAGUUUUGAAGAGCAUUAUGUAGCAGUUCUUUCAUGUAGGAAGAGUGUUUUUUCCUUAGGAGAUAUUUGCUUUGUUCCCAGAAUGCCAUUCCUGGGGAUUUUCUGUAGCUGGGAUUGAGUUUUUGAGGAUGAUUCACGCAGAAGAAGAUUAUUCCACCGCUAGAGGGGUUACUAACUGAAAGAUAUUUCUGUAGAGACUGUCAAGUUCCAGGAUGCUCAUAAAUGCAGCCAGCUUCCUUGACCACUGCAGAUCAGUUCUGAGCUGGGCACGCUUCACAACCCUUGUAUGCUUUGAGGCUGCUGGAUCCCAGGUUGUUGGAAGCUCACAGGUCUUGAUUGGCUGUGGGGUGAGUGAGUUAGAUAAACAUAAGUAAGGGUUUGUAGAAGUAUUCACGAUAGACCAAAUCUUUCAUAAAGCCAUGACUUAAGUAAAUUUGACAUCUACAGUUUGAGGUUUGCUUUUGUUUGUUUAGAAUAAAAGAAAUGUUUUUAUGUUACACAUGUAACAAGAGAUACCCUCAGGAAGGAACCUGCCAGUGCAUAUUUUUGUAUGGUACUUUCUUGUAACCAGCUGGUGGAGUGUUUGUAGAAUUGCCUUUCGCUCCCUUUCCUACAAUGGCUUGGGGUUUUUUUUGGUGUUUUGAGGGAGGCUUUUUGGUUUGUUUUGGGGGGUGGUGGGGGGUGAUGUUGGGGUUUUUUUUAAGUGGGUGUUGGAAAGAAGCAAUGAUGUUAAAACUGGGUUAGUAACUCAAGACCUUUCAAACUAUGUUUACAUGAAUCCGAGUGUUGGAUCCAAUGGAAAUGUCUGUAUGCUGUUUCCUAGUUAGAACAUCAAAUGAGAGUUUUAUUUUCCUGGCUGCCUUCUUAAUUUUUGGUUGGCCUAUUUUGCACUGCUUUAUUUCUCCAAAAUAAACUACUGAAAGAUAAUUGUGCAUUUUAAACUUGUUUACAAAUGAUUGUUAGAAGUUUAUUUUGUAAUUCUCUGAAGGCUUGCAGAAAUACUAUAUUUAAAUACUACUCCAGAUCUUGGCAGUAACUAGAAAAGCAAAUUUCGGUCAUUGGUGUGAUCGGUGACUUUUUUUCCCCGUAGCCUGUAAUUUAUUUUCUUUAAUUUAUCAGAUAUAUGGGUAUCACUUUAAUUUAGCAGGUGCAGAGAUGCAGGCACCUGUUGUGACGUGGCAUUACAGUAGAGUUUUCACAUAAAUUGCCAUGCAGUUGCUGUCCUACUCUAUUUCCUUGCGGAAAUUAUUGUUGCGGCUCGUAUACUAGAAUGUUGCUAGUCACAGGGGCAAAUUGGGAGACCAAUUUUUGUAAGCCAAACCUGUAAAUUACCAAGUGUUCAGACACAGAAUUACACGAUGACAAAACAUUUGAGCAUGCAUAUGUUAUGUGCUGAAGUGCUUUUCUCAAUUGCUGCCUCAGGAUAGUUUUGAUUUAAGAUAAGCUUCACCGUAAGUUAGCUAAUAUUCUGUAGUCUUGUCAUCUUUUGUGAAAAUAGGAGAGUCUAGUAGUAUUAGACCAUGCCUGAAUGCCCUUGCUCUUAAAAUUGCAGACAAUCUGAGGGAGACUUUCCAUAAUGCCUGUUCGAAUUCUGCCAUCGUGGGUUAGAAAAGGUUCUGCUGUGUUUUUAGAGGCUUUGUUGACAGGAGCAAUUACAUUGAAAUUGCAUGGUCACCAGUUAGCUUCUUAGGUAUAUAUUUCUGUUCAGCUUCACUCCUAGAGAUUCACAAGAACACCGUUAGCUUGACUGAAAUUUUCCCAGGGUUUGUGGCAGUGCGAUGGAGGAGAUGGGACUCUGGCUUCCACUAUAAUUAUCUAAUUGGCUUCAGUAGGCAAAAAGUUUUCUCUGUUGAAGAGAUCUUGGGUGGUACUAUUAUGGCCUGCAAUGUAAAGCCAUCCCUAUCCUCCUUCCCUGCUAGCUUACUUUGCUGUGUUGUGCUUGGGUCUGUGCUAGAACAUCCUGAUUGUUCCAUGAAAACCAGCUGCAGAAACACAGCCUAACUAAGAGUGUCAGUGCUGAGCUACCACUGGGCCAGUGCUGCUUUGCCUUUACUAAGCACAUGACUGACUACUGGACCUUUGUUCUGUAGCAGCUGACUAACCAGGCUGCUCAGCAGAUAGAAUGCACUAUUUUUAUUAAUGCUAUUCAGAUGUUGGAGUGAUAAAUCUGUUUACAGAUCUCCAUCCUCUGUGUAGGAAUGCUUGUGCGGAGGAGGUCUGCAGCAGGUUGCUCAGAUGGAAAACCACCUGUUUAGUUUGUUCCUAUUAUAGAUAAGUACACAUUAAGAACCCAGCUCUGAAACUUCUUGAGGUAAUGAUGAUUGCUCAGGAUAAAGCAGUAAAUUCUCCAGAUUGCCUGCAGGCAGUGUCCAGCCAGGGAACAACUAGAUGGGGUAGUUGGUAGAUAGCGGAAGCAGGAUACAGUCCAAAGGCAACAGAAUAAAUCAUGCCGGAGCUGUUUAAAUUGGCUGGCAUAAAAGGAGUGAAAGAAAGGAAAAAUGCUUAUAUUGUUUCCAUCUGACCAAAAAAAAAAUAUCCAGGCUUGUCAGUUCUUGGCCUAACAGGAGUUUCCCAAAGUCUUUGUGUGGCAGCAGUGUUGAGUGAGUCAGGCCUUUUCACAGUCUCACAGCCUUGCCUUCCACAGCUGUGCAGAGAAUCUUGGAUUUUUGUUCUUUUUACUGAAUAGAGUCUAUGUUGAGUUUGUAGCAGUCUCCCUCCAUUAAUUUUCUUUUCCUCUCUCCUUUUUAUUAAGAGAUGUAUUGAUUUCUGUAUUCAGUAUACAAUUAUGAUGUUGCAGCUGUGUGUUUUGUAAUUAGGAGUAUGUGACAAUGCUUUGUGUAGAUUAAGAUAUUUCCUUUAAUAUUAUCUCCUCUUGCUUCCAUAGCUAAAUGAACACACCAUUGCAGAUCACAUUGCUGAUUUUAUUUGUAAUAUUGCUUUAAUACUGAUUUCAGAGGAAUGUAACCUCCAGAAAAGUACUUUCCACAUCUUCACUACCUUUCCUUUCCCUGUUCACUCUGUGUGGAUCCAGGCCAUCAACGCUUGAGCUUUUGACCAACUGGGUUUCAGAUCCCUCAUGGAUUCUGUCAUGUUUACAUGGCCACAAAAAUUAUUCAAAGUGGUUUAAGUUGGAGAGGAUCCAGGUAUAAAUGGAAAUGCUAGAGUGAUUCCACAGCAACGCAAGCACAGUAGCUUCUGUAGUGAGCAAAGAGAAUUCUUCUCACUGUUUGCAUACAGGUGGCUGUUUGGGUCUGGUCCACCUCUGCUGCUGUGGCAGUUUUCCUGUGGAUAUGUAAGAAAGUGCCCUGUAUCUGUGAUGCAGAAGGAGAACAAACAGAGGUAGGAUUAAAAUCCUGGCUGGUGGAUGUCAUGAAUGCCAGUAAUCCAGAGUUUCACUCUGGGUUUUGAACAGCAAUCCGAGGGGAUGUUUUUUCUCUCCACCUUCCUUAGGCUGAAUCCACUAGGGCUGACACCAGUAGAUGUCUGUGGGCCACAUGAACUCAUGAGCAAGUGACCUUGCCCAGCGUGCCAUGAACUUGCAGAGGUUUCCCAAUGCAUUGGGAAUUUUCUGUUGAUGGCCUGGAAAUCUCUUUAGACUCCAAAAAUAGCUGAAACAGCAAAUGGAGUUCAUGAAAAUCAGGUCUUCCUAUUCCAUCCUUUUUAAGGAAACCCACAUUUUCUUUCCUCCUUUGUUCUUUACACUUUAUGGUUUUUAGACAUAAAUUAUUUUAACAUUUUUUUUGUGUGAAAAGUCAUAUAUGCAUAUAUAAAGUUAUUAAAGGGUUGAGUAUAUGUUGCGUAUAAAAUAGCAGUUUCUUUGUCUCAAAUGUUAGCAGCCCCUAAAAAUUGUCUAUCUUCUUGUAAAGUCAGUGCUGUACAAAACAUAAUUAAAAUAAAACAUAUAUUAGACGUAUCUUUUAUUAUUUAUUUCUGACUCAGUAUCUGGUAAAGCUUGUGUAUACCCUUGUGAGAAAUCCAUGCUGAAAUGCAGUUCUUUUACAAUGCCUUGGGAUCCCAACAGUUUUGGGAACACUGGCCCUCUGCGCGUGAGUAGAGUCGGAUAUUCUCCUUCACUCUCCAGCACUGCUCCCAAUCUAAGUGUGACUGAAUCUUGGGGACCCUUUUCUCUGUGUGUUAGGUUAUGCAAGUUCAUCGGUAUCUGUGUUUGAAUCCAGCUGUACAGCAUUAACAAGUGUGUCAUGGGAUUCACUGCACUGCUGUGAUUUCUGAAACGUAAUUCCCAUUUUUGCACCUAAAUUUGUGUAGACCUACAUAAGCCCUUGAGAGAUCGUGAUUUUAAAACCCCAAAAUACUUCCUAUCUGGCUUAUCACUCUUCAGCUGCAUGACUGAUUAGAUCUGGCAAUGAAGAUGGUGCUUUCAUCUAACAGCACUGAUUUCAAUAGUAACAUACUCUUUCUUUUCACUUGCCAAGCACUUGUUUUGGACAAUAGUUUGGUUUAAGCAGUAAAGCAAUAUGCAGUAGGUAUUGUGGCAUUAUCUCUGUAAUUGUUUUGAAGACAGAAUUGUCCCUUUCCAACACAUAAUGAAAAUAAAUGCUUUAUAACAAGUUC